AUGGUUCUAGCCUCUAGUAAUGUCCCUCAGGAUGCACUCGAUCCUGCUCUAAUCCGGCCUGGACGUUUUGAUCGAAUUAUACACGUGGAUUCACCGGUUAUAUCAGAGAGAAUCGAUAUUUUCAAGGUUCAUUUGAGCAGGCUUAAGCUGGUGCCGGACAGUGAGACUGAAGCGGCGACAGGGGAGAAUGGAAACGUAAAUACCACUUUAGAAGUUCAAAACAAAAGAUUCUGUCAAACCUAA